AUGAAUGAGAGAUUGAAAAAAAUUGUUAUGCAAUUUUCUCCUUAAUCUGGAUAAAUAAAGUAAGUUGCUAAGAAAGUAAUUCUUUAUUUUGGAUGCCUUUUUUUAGUUGUCAAUUUUGUUUAGUGGAAACUACUUUAUCUACCUAGUAUUGAUGGAUAAUUCUCUCAAAAUAAUUAUCAUUAGUUUAGAUCUCCCUAAGAAAGGUAUAUCUUACAUUUCAUAUUAAUAAAUAGAAAUUUACCCUUCGAAGAUAUAGAAAUCUAACAUGAUGGUAUAAUAUUGAAAGGAUGGUUUAUAAAAUAAUAAAAUUAUUAAACAUCUCCUACAGUUGUAUUUUUUCAUGAGAAUGCUGGAAGUAUAUUUAUUAAAUAUUAUUUAGAUAUUGGAUGGAGAUUAGAGUAUGCUAAUUAAUAUUAUAAUCAAGUAAAAUGCAAUUUUGUUAUGGUUGCAUAUAGAGGUUAUAAUUAUAGUACUGGCACUCCUCAUUAAAAUGGUAUUCAAAAAGAUGCUGAAGCUAUAACUAAUUAUGUUUUUAACAAUUUAAAUAUUGAUAAAACAAAUGUUUAUGCACAUGGAAGAAGUCUUGGAGGGGCUGUUGCUUCAUAUGCCUUUUAUUAAAGAUAAGAAAAUGCUAAAAAGACAGGUGUUUUAUAAUAUAAAGGUUUGAUUAUUGAAAACUCAUUCACUAAAGUAGCAGAUGUUGUGGCAAAUAUGAAUAGAUUGUUUAAAAUCUUAGCUCCUUUUAUUUUUUUUAAUACAUGGAAGACCAUAGAUAUAAUACCAUAUAUUUUAAACCCAAUCUUAUUUAUUUCAUGUAUAUAAUUUAUUCAAAGUAUAAGCUGGUCGAGAUGAAGUUAUUCCUCAUCAAUAAAUGUUUUCUUUAUCUGAAGCAGCUAAAAGUACAAAAUAAAAAUUUAAUUACCAUAUUCCUUUAGGAGAUCAUAAUUCAAAUUGGAAUUAUAAUCAGAUUGAAUAUUUUACAACUAUUAAAAAUUUCAUAAAAUAAACAUCUUAACUUUGA